AUGGCUGUGGCGCCGACGGAUGCAGCUAAAGAUGGCGUACGCAUGCGCACUACGCCGCUCGAUACAUGCACCCUCUGGCACGGUGCGUUGGGAGGCCUGGAGGUGGUAGACGGUGCGCUGGUAGGCGGCGAGCUGGCUGCUCAUGUGUUGAGCGCGCAAGCGGCGGCCCACGCUGCGGCGACCGCUGCCCAUCAACAACAACAACAACAGAUUGCAGUUCAACAAAUAAAAACAUCGCCAUCAUCGGGUCGCUCGACCCCAGUGGCUACGACCGCCGGCACCACUUCGCCAUCGCCAAGCAAACUCUUCGUGGGCGGUCUCAGCUGGCAGACGAGCUCGGAAAAACUUAGGGAGUACUUCGCCAUGUUCGGUCCCGUAACCGACGUUCUCAUCAUGAAGGAUCCAGUCACACAGCGUUCGCGCGGCUUCGGCUUCAUCACGUUCCAGGAGGCGUCCUCCGUGGACAAGGUGCUCGCAGUGCCUGUUCACACGCUGGAUGGGAAGCGAAUCGACCCCAAGCACGCCACCCCCAAGUCGGCCCCCAAGCCUGCCAAGACCAAGAAGAUAUUCGUCGGCGGCGUCGGCCAGGACACCUCAGCCGACGAGGUCCGCGCCUACUUCUCGCAGUUCGGCCUCGUCGAGGAUGCAGUAAUGCUGAUGGAUCAGCAGACGAAGCGCCACCGUGGCUUCGGCUUCGUAACCUUCCACUCGGAGGAGGCAGUCGAGCGCGUGUGCGAUAUCCACUUCCAUACGAUCAAAAAUAAGAAGGUAGAGUGUAAGCGCGCUCAGCCUAAGGAAGCGGUUGCGGCCGCGCCGCUGGCGCUUGGGAAGCGACUUGUUCUGCGGCCCGGGCGUGGGCUGGUAUACGGUGGCGUGGGCGGUGUGGGCGUGGGCGGUGUGGGCGUGGGUGGAGUGGGUGUGGGAGGCGUGGGCGCGCACUAUCGCUACGCGCCCUACGCGCUGCCCGCUGGUGGAGCCCUAGUUCCACCUGCCCCCGCCCCCGCACCCGCCCUACCGCAGUUUGGCGCUGCCUACUCGCUGGCCGGCGUCGACAUGUCCUCGUUCCAGGGCGUCGACUGGGGCGCCAUGUACGGCGUCCCCAUGUACAUAUAG